AUGGCCUCUGCUACAGGCAUCCCGGAGCAUCCUCCAAACAAUGCCGGAGAAUCAGAGCCUCUUCUUGGUCGACCCGGCGACGCUUUGCAGAAGCCAGAUGAAUACUUGAUUACCAAUCUCUGGAAGGGCACAGGCUGGCUCGCGCAGGCUGGAAUUUUCUUGCUUGUGGCAUUGAUCUGGUCCUCGGUGUUUCUAAACCCGCUGCUGCCGCUGUUCAGCCCUCACCCCUUGCUACAGUCCGCCGGCGUCUUCGUCCUCACCCAGGCGAUCUUGAUUUUGCAGCCGACAUGGACGGCUGACGAGAAGAUCAAGGGGGCUCGUGUCCACGCCAGCCUCAAUCUGCUCUCGUUCCUGCUGCUCGGGGCGGGCAUCGGCAUCAUCGAGGCGAACAAGAUCAAGAACAAUGGUGUCCAUUUCCAUUCUGCACAUGGUUACCUCGGCGUCAUCACUGGUAUUGUGCUGCUUCUUCAGUAUAUCUUUGGCUUCCUGAUGUGGGGCGUUCCAUUUGUAUUUGGCGGCAUCGACAACGCGAAGGCUUUGUGGAAGUAUCACCGCCUGAGCGGCUAUGUCCUCUACCUGCUCCUGCUGGCGACUGUGAUCAGCGCCACGCAGACUGACUAUAACUGGAACGUGCUCGAUAUCAAGCUCUGGGCCGUCAUUAUUGCAGCUAUCUUGAUCGUUAUUGGAGUAUAUCCGCGGAUCCACAAGAGCAAGUUCGGUAUCAACCGUCGUUGGUGGUGGGAGACACAAGAGACUUAG